CAACUUUUAUAAAUGUCUAUGUUGUCACGAUUUAUUUUUCUUACGAAAAAAUUGUAUUAUUUGUGUUGUUGCCUAAAUAUUUUUGGGUUGGUUGGUGUACCUACUAAGUUUUUCCAUUUUCGUCGGUUAUGAAAACAAUUAACUUGGAUUCAUACCUAGAUACAUCCAAACAAAAUCAUGGCAUUAGUUGCCUAUGACAACAGCGACUCUAGUGAGUACGAAGACGAAGAUGUUGCAACUGUUGUUACAUUAAACUCCAAAUCAGAAGUGCCAUUGAAGUCAGUGUCAAAGCCAACAGAGCAAAUCCCUGAUGCUCCACAGGCGGAGUCAGGUCAAAACCUCUUCAAUCUCCUGCCACAACCAUCAACAAAGAAACCAAUCACAAUAGAAGAAGAUGAUGAAUUUCUGCACAAAAAAGAGAGUGCCAAUGUUGUUAAACCCAAAGCCAAGAUUAUGGUUCCAUCACUGGAUGAUUUCAAAGAUGUGGAUCAUGUGACACCCACUGUGAAACCGAAAGCACCAAAUGGGAAAAAGUCUGGUCUACUAAGCAUACUUCCACAGCCUAGGAAUGCGGCAUUCACAACAAAGGCAACAACAAAAACACUAAUCCCACAUGUCCUCACAAAGAAACCAGAUGCAACAGUGAAGAAAAAAGAUCCUUUGCCUUCCCCAAUGAAGAAGGCUAAAACUGAAUCAAAAUUAUUGGCAGAAUACUCUGAUGAUAGUGACAAUGAUGAUGAUGUUCAGACAGAUUUCUUCUCAAUAAAUAAACCUGCUGAGUUGCCGCCUGUUGAAGAUAUACCCUUAGAUAUUGAUGACAAACCUAAAGCGGAAGUCAAAAAUGUACAUAUUACAACAACCAAUCAGAGGCAGGCUCCCAACAUUCAGUCAUACUUCAAACAGAAUAUAGAUGAUGGAGAGAUGAAUGGGGAUAUGUAUGAAUAUGGCCAUGAAGCAUCAAGCUCAAGUUACAGCAGUCAAAAAGUUGCUGAGAGCCAACCUAAUGGUGAAAUAGUACUGGAUGAUGAAGCGAUCAUGAAGCUAUGCGGCGCGCGCGGUAAGCGUAAACGUGAAGAGAUCCAGAUAGUGGAUGUGAAUCAGCAAGAAGUCCUGGCAGACGCCAAGGAGUGGCUGCUGAAGGGGCUGAUGGACGACACCAGUAAGCGUGUCUCGGCCAGCAAGAAAAGGGGCAAUGAACCCACAAACCAGCAAAAGAGGAAGCACCAGAUCACAUACUUGGCACACCAGGCCAAGGCGAAUGAAGUGGAACUUCAAAACCAAUGGGCAAACAACAGGAUGUCAAAACGACAAACCCAAUCAAAAUAUGGUUUCUAAUAAGUGUACUAUAGUAAUUGUAUAUAAUAAAAUCUAUAUAAUUUUACUAUAUAA